AUGGAACACUUUUGGAAAUCCUACAAUGCCUUUCCCACGCUUUUGGAAGCAAAUAAUCGUUUCACGAAUCGAAAACAGGUGUUCUUCGACCUAACAAAGCUAUUAUCGAGAUAUGGGAACGCUUUCGGUGUUUGCCUCGUGCAUACGCACUGCGGAUUGUUAGAAGGCGAGAUCAUGCUGGAAAAAGAUGACAUCUCACAGCCAGUGAGCGUAUCAGAAGCUGGAAGAUACUAUGCUGAACGCUGGCUUCCGUCCGGAGUUCCUUACGAAUUCACGAGCCGGCCCACAGAAACACCACCAGAAGCACUCUUCAACGAGUUCAAAGCUAUGACGCAGGAUGCUGGGGUACUUGGUCUGUAUCAUGUGGGGCGCGAGGCUGUUACAAGAGUAGAAUGGACUGAAGGACGAAAGAACAUGGUUCGCGACAUAAAGGACGAGGACUGGCACCUAAGUCCUGUAGAAACAGCCUGGAACUUAGGUAGAGGCGAUCCUGUUACAAUGGUUUGCGUUUUACUCUGUGCAACUGCAACUACAGAGAGCGGUGGGUAUUAUCUAAGUAAGUAG